GUUUUUCUCUCUUUCAUUUCCAUCUGUUUUUACACACAAUAGUCUAAUAAUUUUUUAUCUUUUCUUAUCAAUCAAUUAAACCUGUCAUAAAGUUUUCAAACUGUUUAAUUAAUUUUUAAACAUAAUUAUUGUAUUGAUUUUUUUUUUUUGAUAAAAAAAAAAAAUAAAGAAAAAAGGCCAUGUCUAGUUUCAAGCCAAAUGAACCAAAAAGAGAAGAAUUUAGAAGAUAUUUGGAGCGAGCUGGUGUUCUUGAUGCCCUGACAAAAGUUUUGGUUAUGCUUUAUGAAGAAACUGAAAAACCAGAUGAUGCACUUGAGUAUAUUCGUAAAAGAAUUGGUGGUAUAACUGAAGAGACUGUUGAAGUUGAUGAACUCAAAAAGAAACUUGAUGAAAGUGAAGCCAUGAAUCGUGAACUACGAAAAAAAUUGGCAAAACUUGAAAUCAAUGAUGAUAAUGAAGCUGAAGAAUAAUCAACUAGACUUUUAAUACAAAAAAAAAAAAACAUUCCAAACUAGUCUGAAGUUUUGGUAUAAGCUAACUUGGUGCCUUAUUAUUCUAUUGUUAAUAUUUAAUAUUUAAAUUCAUAAAUUAUCAAGUAUUCUAAAGUUAAAAAACUAAUAUUUUUCUAAAUUAAAAAUAAAACAAUUUAGGCUUGCUCAGUCUAUUAAAGAGACAUGAAAUAUUAUUGUAA